AUGAAGAAUUUAAUUCUCAUUUGCUUAAUUGCUAUGGUGCUAUCAUAGUAAGUGCAACAGAAAAACUAAUGUAAUGACUGUGGUUAAUUGAAAUCGCAAAGUGAUUGUGAAUAAGAAUAAACAGUCUCAGGAGCAUGUGAAUGGGUGGCUGCAUCUGGAACUACAGCAGCAAAAUGUCAGAAAAAGACAACAGUAGACCCUACCACCUCAUUCAAACCUUAUUGUGAACUUGUUGAUAAGCCAGAAACAAAUUGUGCUAAAACCUUGGGCUGUGCUUAUCUUGACUCAAAAUGUACACAUUUUGCAGGAUGUCAAGCAUAUGUUAAAUCAACAACAACAGAUUGCUAAGCAAUAUCCUAUUUAUGUGUGUCUGAUGGAAAUGCAUGUAUUGAAGCUAAGAUCUGUAAAGAAUACUCACAAACAUAAUGUGAAACAACCCCAAGUAUUUCAGGAAUUCUGAAAUGCAAAUGGGACACAACUGCUGGAACAUGUAGAGAUUACUCCUGUUCUGAAGCUGAUGUCAGCUUGAAUACUGAUAUUAAAUGUUCAGAUUGGUUAGCUGGUUGUGUGACAAAAGGUUAAGGUUGUGUUAACUCUCCAAGACCAUCAUGUACUACAUACACUGGAGAUGAUGCUGCUUGUUAAUCCUAUAUUGGAUCAGAUGGAAAUUGUGAAUUAGCAACUGGAACAACAAACUGUAAAGCAAAGGAAUGCGCAAAUGCACCAACAUCUUUAUCUACUGAUGAUGACUGUAAGGCCUAUCAAAAAGGAUGUAUCACAACUGCCUUUGUGUUCUAGCUACUCUGGUGA